UUGCUUGCCGUGCGUGAUGACGUCAGGCUCUCUUCCGCCGUCGUGACGUCAGCACGCCGCGGGAGAAACGCGUUUGGUGAGGCGCCAUGUUGGAAAGGCGAGGGUUAGACGCCGCGGCGACCAUGGUGGUUUUUUAAGAUUUAUUUUAACGACAAAGCUCCCUCGACCGCCUGGGGAGGCUCGCCAAGACGACAAUAACAUCCCUUCUCAUAAUGCAGGGAUCUCAGUCUUCCCAGUCAGGGAGGCAGCAUGGCAUCACGUCGCCCAUCAGCCUUGCGGAGCCACGCGAAGCCGACCGUGUUCUCACACGACACCUCAUGAAUACUCUUCUGCCAUUUGGGGUCUUUGAAGAGGAGGAGGAACUUAACCACCGGAUGGUUGUUUUGGGGAAAUUAAAUAACUUGGCAAAAGCAUGGGUCCGAGAAGUUGGUGAAAGCAAGAAUCUUCCACCAGCAAUUUUGGAGAAUGGCGGGGGUAAAAUAUUUACGUUUGGGUCCUAUCGGCUGGGAGUUCACACAAAAGGUGCCGAUAUUGACGCCCUGUGUGUUUCGCCGCGACACGUGGAACGUAUCGACUUCUUCUCGACUUUCAUCGAGAUGUUAAAGAAUCAGGAGGGAGUAAAAGACCUCCGGUCUGUGGAGGAUGCCUUUGUACCUGUCAUCAAGCUUACGUUUGACCACAUUGAGAUCGACGUGUUGUUCGCACGGCUGGCUCUGCAGGUGAUCCCCGAUAACCUAAACCUCCGUGACAACGCACUACUCAAAAACCUCGACAUCCGAUGCAUCCGCAGCCUCAAUGGCUGCCGCGUGACGGAUGAAAUUUUGCACCUGGUGCCCAACGUAGAACACUUCCGCAUGACGCUGCGCGCCAUCAAGCUCUGGGCAAAACGCCGUGGAAUCUACUCGAAUAUGCUGGGCUUCCUGGGUGGCGUGUCAUGGGCAAUGCUUGUGGCACGAACCUGCCAGCUCUACCCCAACGCCAUCGCCUCCACCCUCGUGCACAAGUUCUUCCUUGUCUUCUCCAAGUGGGAGUGGCCUAAGCCUGUACUUCUGAAACAGCCCGAGGAAUGUAACCUCAACCUGCCUGUGUGGGACCCACGGGUGAACCCAACAGACAGGUACCACGUGAUGCCCAUCAUCACACCCGCGUACCCUCACCAGAACUCCACCUACAACGUCACCAUGUCCACACGCACCGUCAUGGUGGAGGAGUUCAAGCAAGGACUCGCCAUCACCGAUGAAAUUCUGAUGGGCAAAGCGGAAUGGAGUAAGCUGUUUGAGUCGCCAAACUUUUUUCUCAAGUACAAGCAUUACAUCGUACUGACAGCAAGUGCACUCACGGAAGAACAGCACCUAGAGUGGGUGGGACUCGUGGAGUCGAAGAUCCGCAUCCUCGUUGGAAACCUUGAGCGCAACGAGUACAUCACUCUGGCUCACAUCAACCCGCAGUCCUACCCCGGCCCCAAGGACAACCCGGACAAGCAAGGCGUGACAACGGUUUGGUUCAUCGGGAUCAUCUUCAAAAAGUUGGAGAACCCGGAGAAUGUGAAUGUGGACCUGACGCUAGACAUCCAAUCAUUCACUGACACGGUUUACAGGCAAGCUGCACACAUCAGCAUGCUCAAAGAGGGCAUGCAGAUCGAGGCCAUCCAUGUCAAGAAAAAGCAGCUCAGCCAGUUUCUGCCCGGUGAUGUUCUUCAGAAAAAGAAAAAGGAGAACGGGCGAAGUGGCUCGGCGCGCACCUCCCUGAACAGCGGCAGCGUGCUCGACUCGUCGAGGGACUCCGACUGCAGCUUCUCGUCGCCCACCAUCAUCCGUGUCCUCAACUCGGACAGCAACCAGCCGUCCUCUCCGGUGACCGGUGAGAAUGGCAGUGUCUCCAGCCCUUCGGCGUCGCCCCCUGUGGCGGCCGACGACAAGUCGCCCUCGCCUCGGACGCCAUCGCCAGAAAACCCCAGCAUGCCCGUUGCCGGCAAUGCCAUCCCAGUUAUCUCCACCAGGUCCGUGCGUGUACCCCCCCAUCAUCCCUCCCUUCAAGUGUUACGGCUGAGUUACCGUGCCACGUUUGCGCUCGCAGGGCCUCUCCACGCUGCCUCCGUCCCGUCGGGGACGGUCGUACGGGUGGUGACGCCCACGCGGCUCGUGAACACGCCGCCGCCGGCCACCGGCGCCCCCGCCACUGCCGGACAUCCCACACCGCCGCAGGGAGUCAAGCGGCCGCAGUCGCCCGGAAGCAAGACGUCCCCACCUAAGCGGCACAAGAGCCCCCCGAGCGAGGCUGCCCCGGCUGGCGACUCGGAUAUGGACACUGACUCCCAGCCACUGAAAAACAGUGACACAGGCAACGCUGUCACGAAAACUGGCGCAUCUGAGGACUGCGACAUUCUGGAACUUCGGGAGGAGACGACGCCUAUACAAACAACCGACGUGCAAACGGAAACGCAGAAACAGGCCAGCAACGAGCUGUCUGAUGGCUCCGCGCCAGUUCCCACCGCCGUGAAGGUUGUAAAAAACUCCAUCCGUCUCAAGCUCAACCGGUAGAGGCAGGUAAUGCUGCCCCUUCUCGUGUGCCCUGCCAAAAGUACUCGCUGCACCAGUUGCCCUUCCUGGAGGGCGGUGUUGCUAUCAUUACUUAUUUUUUUUACAUUUUUAGAAUGUGUUCCUUCGUUGCGUAUUGUCACGUUCUUCGGAAAUGCUGGAAGCCGCAGGAAACCUGAAAAUGGCGCAACAUAAAGAGCUGCUGGAAUCAUUUCAGAACUUUUAUUUUUAUCCGGGUCUUUUUUUUAGCUUCCACUUUUUCUUCUCCAGCGGCGGUGGUAAGCAUGCCUCGUGUACAUGAGAAUGUUGGCCGAACUAAGAAGGAACAUUUCUGCUAAAAAUGUUGAUACGUAAAAAGGUGGUGAUUAUUUAAUAUAUACUUUCCUGUUCUUAUUUGAACACGAGAGGCUUGUGUUGGGAGUGAGCAAGUGAGCAAACUUGUUUUUUUAGGCGGAACGGAUUAAGGGGUGUCAGGGGUGCAGGGUGGAUUUGGUUGGACAGCAAGUUUUUUUUUUCUCAUGGAAUGAGACCCAACAAAAAUCUUUAAAAAAACAUUUGGGGGGAUCACAUGACACCAAGCUCCCCCCCACCAUUUAAAUUCUUUACUGAAUAAUAAGCCCAAAAGAAUCUCAGAGGAACUUUGGUUUUCAUGUUGUUGACUUAUCUUGAAUUUGGCAUUGGUCAAGCCACAUUUUCGCAAUUUUUUCUUGUUCUCAUCAACUACAUACGUGCAGCAUGUAAUUGUCUUUUCUUUUUUAAUUUGCCUUUGGUUUUGCUUACAAAGACUCAAAAAUGAAAAAUCCUACCCAUUAACAGUUUGAGACAACAAUGUUAUCCCCACUUUUAAAUGUCCCGAUAAAAAACUAGCAGCCACUUUUGUAAUGCAUACUACUGUGCAAUUUAUUAAGGAAAAACAUUUAAAAACUUUGAAUCUAAAUGCCCUCAAAAGGGCUCCUGUUCAUAGUUACAGUAAAACAGUUUUCAGUCAAUUUCACCAUGAAUUCUAAUGUUUGACGUGAGCGGCGUGGGAUGUGGAUAAAUACACACAGUGGCAUUAUUUGAUGCUUGAAAGGGUGCAUGCUUUUGUGUGUAUAUGUGGACAAUUCUUUUUUCCCUCAUUUUCCCCCUUUUUAUCAUCAGAGCGAAGUAUAUAUUUUUUCCAUUAAUUUUAAUGUUCAUUGCUGCUUAUGCUGCUAGACUGGAUCGAUCUGGCCACGUUGACGCUUGCCAAUCUGCCUAGGCCGAAAUUAACUUCUGUGAAACACUGGCGGGUCCUUGGAAGAGGGCACGUCUUGAUUUCCUCUGAUUGCUUUGUCUCACUUAUUCUGUCAGGAUGGCUGAAUGCAAUUGUUGGAAUGCACAGUUGGCUGUGUCUUGCAGUUCCAUGAACUGUUACAGUGGCUCUCCAAAACUCGCCUCGUCUUCUCCAAAGGAAUGGGAAUUUCAUUGGAGUUGGCCCAUUCAUGUAAAAAUGUUUACUCUUUUUACAACAAAUCACAUCUGCAUUUGAAAAUAAAUGUGUAUUUAGUGUCCAUAUUCACAGUGUUUCCUGUUCUGAAGGGAACUAUUUGUCAUGAGAGUAACAUUCGUUUUACCACUAUUCAUCAGAUUUGAUUUUACCUGUCAGUCAUUCACUCACUGCUAGAGAGUCCCCAUCUGGCUCAUUUCAUUUUGUGUGCCAUGGCUGCACAGGGAGUGGAUAUUGAUGAUGAUAAGCUCCGUUCACACUUGUGUGUACUAAGAUGACUUGUAAACUUCUUUGGAACCAUUGGAAAGAUCCAUUGGAGCAUUUAUGAAAUAUUUUUGCGAGCUGGUCAUCCUUAGAAUCAAUUUAUGCCCUUAGAAUUAUAGUGUGAACAAAGCUUGAUGCAUCAUUUUGCCAUGCCUGGCCUCAUUAAAGCUUCCGUAAUGUAAAAUAAUAAGCAUUAUAGAAUAUCCUUUUUUUUGGGAGUUGAGUCUGUAUGAACUUUCUAUUCAGCAGUUCCAUUUAGAGCUGGAAAUUAUGAAAUCACUGUUCACUGCAUGCAGUAUUGCUGUCAUGGUAUAACCAUGAAAACACCGUUUUAUGUUUUCCGCCAUCUGGCGUGGAACAAUCUAAUCUAAUUACCAACUUGACAAGUUGCAGUUACAUUAGGACUAAAGUGAGAGUAAAUCAGCUUGCCCCCUUAACCUGCUACCAUACUCUAAUCCUCAUACACAUUUCAAGCCUGUACACUUGAAUAAUGCUGGCAAAUGAAUGAGCUAUUUUUUUUUCAUUUCUUUUCUAAAAAAAAACUUUGCCUUGGCCUGUGCUUGGUUAGCCUCCCCACGUGAGUCUCCUAAAACGUCACACAUGCAGCCGGGAAUCCAACAUUGACCUCUUAGAUGUAUUUAUUUCACUUAAUCCUAAAUAAUUCCGUAAGUCCGUUUUAAACAUUUUAAAUUUAAUUUGUUUUAUUCUGUUCGUUCCUCUUCGUUUUAACCUGAAGGUCUGUAAUAUAUUUUACUAAUAAAUCAAAUUGCAGGUUUUGUAUAUCUGGCUCCCUCUCCCGCCAGGGAGGGAGAGACGGAUGUAGGGGAAGAGAUCGGUCAGUGGUUACUUUUCCAUUCCAUUACCGCUCUCUCCUCCUCGCGAUUCUUUUAUAACCUGCAGGAUGCGUUACAUAUUGGGGAUGAUAUUUUUGUAACGGAUGUCUGUUCUGGAGUUGUUUCUUUUCUGGGUUUCCAAUAAACUUUAGAACAUUUUCUAGUCUUAAAGCCGGUGUGAGACGCGUGUUCUUUGGUUUACAGAUUUUUUAAAAAGUCUUUUGUUUUCUUGGGUGUUGGUGAUCUGUUUUUCUUUGAUUUAAACAUAUUUCCACCCUCACAUUUAACAGGCAAUAUAAAUAACAAAUGUUUCAUCUUAAACUUUACAUUUAUCUGGAAGUGCACCAUACUACCUGUUAAUGAGCGAUUAUAUUUUGUUAGCUUGGAAAUAUUUACAUGUUCCAACAGGCAAUAUGGUAUAAAGUAUGAGUAGCUCAUUGCACAAACUUAAGUUGGGCAGUGCAGGUGAGAUGCAAAGUUAGCAUGCAUUAAACAUUCUAAACUGAUCACUUGUAAUUUGUGUUGUCUUAAGAGAUUAGAUCAAAUAUCUAAAACAGAGUGGCCAUGCAACCAAUCACAUGAGCAUUGGAGACACUGUAGAAUUUUUGUAUUUUUAUGAAGUGCAACCUUGUAACAUAACAGUGCGCACAGAUGUAAAAUAUUCUCAAAUGCUUGCAUGUGAUUGGCUGCACAUCGCCCAUAGUCUCGUGGCAUUCAAUCUGGACUUAUAUAAAGUGGGGUGGAAACUAAUUAAAUUAAUCUUUGAUGUUGUACACCCAAAGUUGCACAAGUUUCAUAUAGGUUAGACAAGAGAAUGGCCCCAUUGAUCAAUUGAGUGUAUUGUGGUCAGACAAAACGAAUCAGUUACUGAGUGUGCAAUCUAAACCACUCGCCUCAUGGUUUCAACCCUGCCUUAGCAUAAGCCUAUUAAAAUGAGUGAAACCGUUCAUACGUAACUAAAGGAAGGGAAUGAAUAAGCACUGCAUAGGAUCCCGUCACGUUUGUGGAGUUUAUUCCUCACAUGAUUGCUUGCAAAAAAGGUUAAAUAGGUACCUGCUCGCACCACAUGCUGUCCUUUAGUAACUGCACACGAUUGUUCCUGUCCUGUAGAUAUUUUAAUCAACGAAGGAGAAUGGGAGAGCCGUUAUAAGCUCGCUCCGAGUUAAUUCUAUUCAUUUAGUCUGCAUCUAAUUUUGUCCACGUAAACGGUCAUUAAAUUGUUCACAAGAGCAAGCCAUUUUAACCUGGUGGCAAUGAUGCAUCAUCCUAAGGAGUAUGUUACCAGGUUAGCGAUUCUGUGUUCUUGCCCAUAUAUAAUCUUGGAGGGAUUCGAAUUGAUUCAACUGCCACAAAGGUGGAUUGAUCUACAGGUGGUGAUCAUGGUGAUGCCCCUGAAGUUGUCGACUCAUGGUUGGGAAGCGCUGGUUUUCAGAAAUUUGGAUGCAUUGUGGUGUAUCCAUGGAAGUCACUGUGGGAAUGUAUUGAAUUUAAUUGGAACUGAAUUGAAUAGUAAGCUUUCUUAAGGAUUAUUACUAAAUACUUUGGAGUUUGUGUCAAUAGCAGAAUAUUAACAUUUACUACCUGGUCAUGUGGAUAUCCCACUGUCUGGACAGAAAAAUCUACUUUGCAACUUGAGCUUUGCUAGAAUAUAGUAAAUUUACAUUUGGUGAUCUCUUUUGGCCUUUAUGUCUAUGAAUUGAGUGUCUUUGUACUGUAAUCUUUUAAAUAAGUUGUCAUGCCUUUGCAUUGAUUUUUUUUGUUUUGUAAUAAAUGCACCUUUGUAUGUUUCUCUU